AUGUCUAAUUUAGAAUUAGAAAAUAAUAAAUGGGUUAAGUUAUUAGGAUUUCAUGGCCCAGUUACAUCAGUUUUAUUUCUUAAUAAAUCAAUUUUAUUUGCAGGGCAGGGACCUUAUAUUAAAAUCUAUGAUGUUAAAAAUGGAAUGGUUAUUUAUAGAGCAAAAGUUUUUAAGAAAAAUCGAAUACAUGGAAUAGUAUAUGCUAAGGAGAAUACAUUAAUUAUUUGGGGCGGAAAAGAUUUUUGUAUAGUUAAAUUAAAUGAAUUAUUUAAUAAGGAUGAUUUUGAUAUUAAUCAAGCACUGGAUUGGAUUUUUGAUGCAAAGCUAUCAUAUGAUAAAUUAUAUAUAUUACUAGCAACGGCACAUAAUAAAGUAUAUGUAUAUGAUAUUGAGAGGAAAGAGUAUAUUCAGACAUUUUCAUGUAUAGAAAAUCCUCUUUUAUAUUCAUCAUGCCUCUAUAUUUAUUGUGAUGGAUCAAUUACAGUUGUUUCAGGAACAAUAUUUAAUGAAAUAUGUGUAUGGAGUAUUAAUUCGGUAGAAAUAGUAAAAAAAAAGGACAUAAUGAUACAAAUUACACAUCGUUUAAAAGGACAUGAAGGAAUAGUUUUUAAAAUUAAUUUUUCAAAAAAUGGAAAAUUAUUUUGUACAUGUUCAGAUGAUAGAAGUGUUAGAAUAUGGGAUAUAAAUUCGGGGGAAUGUAAAGCUAUUGGAUGGGGUCAUGAUUCUCGUAUAUGGGACGUUAAAUUUAUUGGUAAUGAAGAGUCUAAACUUAUUAGUGUGUCAGAAGAUACUACUGCUAGAUUAUGGAAAAUAACAUCAGGUUCAAAAUUGGAGCAAGAUUCUGUAUAUGAUGGUCAUGAAGGAAAAAAUGUAUGGUGUGUUUCAGUUUUUGGAAAUAUGUUUGCAACAGGUGGAAGUGAUGGAAAAAUACGUCUAUGGGAAAUAAAUGACAAAACUAAACCGGAAUAUUAUAUAACUCCAUAUGAUAUUAGAAAUGUCACCAAUUCAUUUAAUAAAUUAUACGAUGUACCAAUUUUUGAUUUACUAAUAGUUUAUAACACAAUGAUAAUAUUCUUUAGAAAAGUAUUAAUACAUGAUACUAAAACGAAAAAAUCGAAUUAUUUAUUUUAUGAUUUAGAUCUUAGUGGAUUUUCUAAAAUUUCUCUUUGGUCUGAGACAGAUUUUGUGAAUAUUUCUGAUAAACUUGGCAAUAUAUACCUUUUAAAUAUCAAAAAUAAAUUAUCUACUUCAAAAUAUCAUAUAUCUAAUGAAAAAAUACAAUCAUUAUUUCCCAUAUCAUUUAAAGAUUCUUUAUAUCUUAUAACAGUUUCAGCAAUAUCCUUACGCAUUCAUCUUCAUUUGUUUAAAUAUAUUGAGUCCAGUUUUAUAUAUGAAAAAAAAGAUAUUAUUUCAAUUGCACCAAUGGAGUUAACUGCUGCUGCAAUUGAUUUUAAAACAAAUUUAAUAUUUCUUGGGUUUAAGACGGGGCUUUUAAGUAUACAUCGUCUAGAAAGUUUUGGAGAAGGACUUUCUAGUAUUUAUUUAGUUGAUGAUUUAUAUAAAAAAAAUGCAUUAUCUACUAUUAUCAUUCAUUCACAUGAGGAGACUUUAUUCAAUAAAAGAUUAGAAAUAACAACAAUUGGGCGCGAUUGGAUAUAUUAUAUAUUGGAAUUAACGAUUUAUAAUGGAGAUGAUAAUGAUAGUAAAAUAACUGUUGAAAAAAGACAUCAAGGAAAAUGUAGCAAGCAUGGAAUAGAAGGGGGUUUUUAUUUAAAAGAAGAUUUAAUACUUUAUGGUUUUAAAAAACUUAGAUUCUCCGUAUGGAAUCAAUCAAAAGGAUUUCGUAUAUUUUCAGUAGUAUGUGGUGGAUCACAUAGACAUUGGUCCAUAUAUUUUUCCUGUUCAGAAAACAAAGAAAAUUCAACAUUUAUUUUUACUAGAUCAAACUCUAUUAUUAUUUGCAACUUCCUUUUAUUAUUCCCUUUUCAAAAUUUCCAAAAAACAAUACUUCAAGAUGGGAGACAUGGCAGAGAAAUCAGAAGCAUGGCAUUUUAUCCUAUUUCGUAUCAAAGAAAUACAUUAUUGUUCUUAACAGGUGCAGAAGAUACUACUUUAAGGUUGUCAAAACUGUAUAUUACUAAUUGUAGUGAAAUUAUUAAUAUAUAUUGUGAAAAAGAACAUGAUACAGGCAUAGAAAAAAUAUCAUGGUCAAAAAAUGGUUUAUUUUUUUUCUCAUGUGGAGGAGCAGAGGAAUUUGUUGCAUGGAAAUUUUCAAUAAAAGAUUUAAAUCAUGUAAGAAUAAUUAGACAUGCAAUUUGUCCAGCAAUAAAUAAAAGGAAAAAUGUUCGUAUUAUGGAUUUUUCAGUUAUAGAAUUUAGUAAUAAAGAUAAUUACUUAAUUAUAAUGGCUUGUUCAGAUUCAUCAAUUAGGAUUUGGUCAUUUCUAUCUAAAACAUCAGAAUAUAUCUUACUUUUAAACAAAAAAUAUUCCACAAAAUGUCCUUUAAAUGUUACAUAUAUUUUGGAAAAAGAAUAUUGUUAUUUAUUAGUAACAUCAACAGAUGGUUUCAUAACAUUAUGGGAUAUAAGUAAUUAUAUUCAUUCAUCUGAAAUUAUUAUGAAAAACUCUGAAGAAUCUUUUCUUCCAAUUUGGAAAGAUCAAAUACAUCAAUCAAAUAUUAAAUCAAUGACAUUAAGACAUAUAGAAGAAAAUACGUAUCUAUUAGUUACAGGCGGUGAUGAUAAUAAGAUAAAUAUAUUAAAAAUUACAAUAAAACUAGACUCAAAUCUUUCAAACUAUAAAAUAUCUUGUAAAACUAUCAUGAAUAAACUAGAUGCACACAAUUCUUCUAUAACCGGUUUAGCAUUUAGUGUCUCUGGUCUAUUAUUUUCCGUAGCAGCAGAUCAAAGAUUAAAAAUAUGGAAAAUCAACACUUCAGAAUUACUUUAUCUUGCCGAAUUUUAUACUUAUAUUGCUGACCCUUGCGGGAUAUCUAUUGCAAAAAUUCUAAAUAAAGAAAUUUUAACUAUUUAUGGUAUAGGAUUAGAGUUUUUUUCAUUUGAUUACACAUCUUUUAUAUAA